AGGUUACUUUUCCUGUUCUUCCAUUUGAUAUGAAAGUGGGUCUUUUCAGUAAAAGAGUAACUGGUGUCUGAAAGUGACUCAAACACACUGGCAAAUGAGCGUUACCCCACUGUUGAAAAACGAGCCAAAACCUUCAAUGGAGCAAGCUACGUAACUUUGCCUGAGGACAGCGUCUUUCUGAAGGCAUUGCUUUUUGAACUUAGGCUGAUGGAUGAGGACAAGAACUUUGUGGACCAUCGAGAUAGCUGUUCUCGAAUCAACAAGACUUCAGUGUAUGCACUUCCCGUGGGAGGUGGAGAUCUCUGGCCUGUCCUUGCCUUUCAGAAAAGCGGUUUGCUAUACGUUUGUCUUCCCCUAGUUGAACAGUCCUUGAAGCCGCGCCCUCCCCUCAUUAACAUUAGUGGAAUCUCACAAGCAUUCGCUGUCUUGUCAGGAUUGCUGGUCUUCAUUAACUCCAGUCAGAAGAACGAAGCUGAGAUAAAUGCAAAAGUAGGCCAGCUUCCAAAUUUGCUCAUGCAAGCCUGUCCGCUUGGCACCCCAUUAGACACCAAUUUGAAUGGCUUAUUAGAUAGCACCCAGAUUGCUUCCACCAACCACACGCAGAAGCAACCAGUGUGGAGAGUGAGCACGUACAAAGGCAAACCUCAGGUUAACGUUUGCAUCACUGAAAAAGUCAAGUCCAUGCAAUAUGACAAAAGGGAUAUUGCAGACAUGUGGCAGGUUUAUGGAACUGUAACUUGCAAGUGUGAUUUAGAAGGAGCUGCAUCAAAUGUAACAAUCAGCGUCAACCUCCCUGCCAACGGCUCUCCGCUCCAAGAUAUCCUGGUCCAUCCCUGUGUGACCUCCCUUGACUCUGCAAUUCUGACUGCUAGUAGUGUUGAUGGAAUGGAUGACUCUGCAUUCAGUGGGCCUUACAAAUUUCCUUUCACUCCUCCUUCAGAUGUGUUCGACUUAUGCUACUAUACUUCCCAGGUGCCCGUCCCACCAAUUUUGGGAUUUUACCAAAUGAAGGAAGAAGAAUCACAACUAAAAUUAACAAUAAAUUUAAAGCUUCAUGAAAGCGUGAAAAAUGCUUUUGAGUAUUGUGAAACACGUAUACCCUUUUUUAAUAGGGGUCCAAUCACUCAUUUGGAGUACAAAGUUAGCUAUGGACAGCUGGAUCUAUCACGGGAGAAAAGCUUGCUGGUUUGGGUUAUAGGACAAAAGUUUCCCAAAUCUUUGGAAAUUUCCCUUUCUGGAACAGUGACUUUUGGUUCUAUUAAUAAAGAGCAUUCAGUUGAUCCAAUAUGCACCGGGAACACUGCAUAUAUAAAACUAUAUUUCAGGAUCCCAGAUUAUACCCUCACUGGAUGUUAUACAGACCAGCAUUCUGUACAGGUCUUUUCAUCAGGAAAACCAAAGAUUAAUACGUGUACCUCUUUGAUCACCAUUAUCAUAGCAUUUGAGCAUCUCGCACUUUUGAAUGUAAAUCUGCUCAAUACCCCACUGUGUUAGUAAAAUGCCAUUAUGCUUUUUGUGCGGAUGAGGAAAUUGAAGGAAGAGGGGCAGUGAAACUGGCCUAAGGUCACAGGAGUCUAUAUAUUACCAGAGCCUGCUGAGUUCAAGGCUAGUGCUUUAACCACUGCAGCAUUCUUCACAAGUAGUCAAACGCAUACGAUUCCUGAAUUUUCACCAAUAGAGUACUACUGUAAUGCACAUAUUUGAUUCCUGUUAAGUGUGAGCAGCCGUGGCUAAUAAAGGCACUUACCUUGCCUGCUUUCGAAGUUUUGUAACUUGUUGCAACUAUAUCCACAGAAGUUUGAGAAUUCCUCCUGGAAACUCUGCUGCCUUGCUGUUUGUGGUCUGACAAGUCAAAUUCAGUCAUAAAUUGCAACACAGCAUCUUAUUUUUCCUACUGCAUGUACUUAUGUUGAGCAUGCAAUUUAUAUUCAUUGAACAAAAUCCAAACCGCAUACCUGCUUUUGCGUUAACCCCUGUUUGAAUGAUCAACUGAUGACUGAUAUAUUAGUAAAGGUGACUGAAGCUGAGACUUUAAAUGACUCAUUAUUAUUGUUUGAAAAUAAUAAUAUGGGUAUUACAUUUUAAAGAGACUGUUACGCUUUUUUGUAAAUUUGUCAGAAUGGAUUAGUAGUCUCUUAAUUGGGUUCAAGG